AUGACGACCCGUAGCACCAAAAGCACUCCAAGUCGUUAUGUCCGCGAGCCCAUGACCGAUGGCGAUGUCUACGUCUUUCUACUUCAGGUGGCCUAUCAUGCGCAUCUCGCCCAAGCACGCAGAGCCGCCAAGGCCAAGGCGCGAGAGAGCCUUGCUGCCACCUCGGCAGCAUCCGCAUCAACCUCGACAUCAGCUUCAAAGAAAUCGUCCGACUCAGCGUCCAAAUCUGACAGCUGGAUGGGCUUUGCCGGCCUCGCCGAUAUGGUUCGAGAUGUCGGUGGCUCCUCAAAAUCCGUCCGCUUUCCCGAAAAGCUGAUAAAACGUCUCAACGACCGUCUCGAACUGAUCGCAAUGGGUCGUGACACCAACUACAAGGAUCAGAGCUUGCGACAGACCAUUGGCAUCUUUUACGGCACCUUCAAGGAAGUCUCUUUUCAGAAACAGAUGAAGGAAAAUCGCAAGAUUGAAGAACUCAUCCUCAUCUUUGUCACCACCGCACAAGCAAGCCUGAAAAAACGUUCCGUAGCCGACGAGUGGAAGCAAGAACUCAACAACCAGGUCGGUCACUUUGUCAACAUUGUUCGCGAAUGUCUCAAGACUGUCAGUGGUGUCUCUAGAGAGCUCACAGAUCGUCUCGAAGGAUACUCGGCCAAACUUGCUCCCACCUCCGCUUCCACCACAACCACCACGUCGACCUCACCAGCCGUCUCAUCAGGCUCAAACGGAUAUGCGGCUGCCAAAGAGUACAUCAACCCGACUCCCACCACUGCCAGUCGUCGAACCAGCUCCGCCAGCACUCUGCCCACCCUCGCCUCCAACCCGCUCGCCGAGUCCAACAUGGUCCGCACCGUCGGCGCUCUCUUCUCUGUCGACCUCAACCAACUCAGCCAGGACGUCGAAUUUAUCAAAAAGACGUGCACCGAGCAAGCUGCCAUGACCGAUCUCAAACGAUGCGUUAAAAAUAUCAACCUUCAACAACCUUGGCCAGGGCGUAGCCAAGAUUUUGCUUCCGAAGAGGCUUUUCAGCAUUGGAGAACGCAGGAGCUCUCAUCUCUGUCGCAGAUCAUGAUGGAAAUGUGCCAGAACAAUCCAGAGCUUCUCAAGAGCACAUCCAGCGACGUGCCCGGUCACUCUCCAACCCGUCCUUCAGCUUCCAGGCCCGACUCGUACGGUGCGGCUGGCGCAAGCGGAACACCUGGCGCCGAAAUUCCACCAGAAUCAACGACGCUGGAUUCCGAGUUUGCCGCUCUGUCUGUCGAUUCGGCCGACGAAGAUGCCUUUGCGUCUUUCGUCUACAUCCCUCCCGAUCCUCGUGCAUACUAUCACCGAGCGCUCGAAAUCUGCAUCGAUUUUGAUCUUGAAAUGAUCAAGCACCAGCCCGAGGAGGAGGAGGUAUCGCUCAGCAUCCUUUCCAAGAGCCACGUCGACUUGCUCGCCGAAUGUGCCCAACGUUGGCGUCUUGCCACCCCCUUUCUCGGCGUAUCCAACUUGGAGGUCAUCAAAGCCAAGUACGACAACGGCGAGGUGCCGCUUGAUUGCGUCUCCGAGUCGCUCGGCUCGGUCUCGCGCACGCUUUCCGAGAUUGACUUUGCCGAUUGGAUGCUGCAAGAGCAAGCAAAACUUGUCAAGCUCUACACGUCGCUUUCCGAGUCGUUCCUCCGCUAUCUCUACGAGGCCUUCCAAGAUCUCCACAAUGUCGAGCCAGACGAGAUUCAGCCUUAUCUCCUCCUCCUGCAAGACCUUCACGCUACAGGCUUUGUUCGCAACGAGAGGAGACUGGAAGCCGAAACCAUCGCUCUCGAGUCGCAUGUCGAGGAGCUCAAGGAUGCGGUAUGCAUCAUGGCAAUUCACCAGUACACCGCCAAGACCACCGAGCUCUUCUCGCAGAUUGUGACAAACGAGGUGGUACCGCUGGUGCAACUGCUCGACUGGUUGGAGAAAGGCGCCAAGAGGCUCGACAAGAAAUAUCCCGAGCCUCUCCUCCAGUCGGUCGAUCCCGUCUCACUUGUUCUGGAAAAGCAAGUCCCCCUGUUCCUGGACGAUCUCGAGUCGAUGAAGCAGCAGGUCGUUGAUCAUGCCACACGCGAGCACGAGCCGCUUGCUUUUGAAGACAUCUUUACCCUCUACAACCGUGUCAAGACACUGAUGCGCAUGCAUGCCGCCUUUUGUCCCAACGCUGACCUCACUUUCAGUCUCACCGACUGGUUCGAGCCACACAUUCGCCAUUGGCUCAUCAACUCGGAGAAGAAGACGGCCGAAUGGGUGCACAACGCGAUUGCAAACGACUCGUUCACGCCCAUCGAAAGCCAAGGCGCCGUUCACAGCAGCAGCAUCGAUGACCUCUUUGGAGCUCUGCAGCAGCCGGUCGACUUCAUCCUCGGUCUCAAGUGGCCUGAUGCGUACCAGAACGCACGCUUCCUUACCACGCUGGCCAAGAUUGUCAGUCGCGCAGUAGAGCAGUAUUGCAGCCGCGUAGAAGAGAUGUUUAUGGAGGAGAUGUUCCCUCGCGCAGCAGAAGACCAAGACAUGGCGCAGAAGCAAUCAGCCUGGAUGGUGAAAGCCAAGCAAACCAUUUCCGGCGAGAAGAGAGUCGAACCUUUCCACUUUCAAGCGACGUCAUGCGUGCGUCUCAACAACAUCGAGGCUGCGCGAGUGCUUCUCGACAAGCUCUACCAGAAGAUCGACGCAGACAAGCAGGCAGAGAUUGUCAAGCGACAUGCGCCGGAAACACCAGCUAAGCGCAGCCACAGUCGGUUUGUGUUUUCGAUCAAGAUCGUGCUCGGCGAGAAUCUGCAGCCGAUCCGCGAUACUGGCGUGAAUUCUCGCAUCGACUCGUUUGUCACGCUGAGUGACGAGAGAGGUCAGAAGAUCGCCAAGACGCGCACGAUCUACGAGACCUCUGAGCCACGCUGGGACGAGGUGUUUGACGUACAUGUCGAGCAGCCCAUGUGGUUGGCCGCGACGGUGUGGGACCGCAAAUUGGUGGGAGACCACAACCUCUGCGGCCGCGCCUACGUGCGUCUCGACCCGAGGUACUUUGGCGACUUGCUAUCGCAUGAGCUGUGGAUGGACCUCGAUACGCAGGGCCGGCUGCUGUUGCGCGUUAGCAUGGAAGGCGAGCGUGACGACAUCCUUUACCACUUUGGCAGAGCAUUCCGUUCGCUCAAACGAGCAGAGAGCGACAUGGUGCGUAUCAUUGUCGACAAGAUGUCGGUGUUUAUUCGACAGUGCCUCUCGCGCUCGUUGCUGAAAACGCUCGUCAAGACGAGUGGUAUCGAUCUGACCAAGGCACUUGGCAACGUCAAGGCGCUCUAUGCCUCGGCGCUGGCUAGUACAAACGUCAACGCUUCCAUGAUCCCGCCCGUCGAGCCCGAAGCCAAGCCAAAGAAUCGGCCGGCGCAGCUGACCGAUCAUGAGAUCGAAGCCGCGAUUAUUCCGCUUCUCGAUUACCUGGAUGAGUGCCUCGCUACUCUGAAAGGCAGCUUGUCGGAAGACGAGGCGCUGUUGGUGCUAACCAAAGUGUGGAAACAAGUGCUCAACAUUAUCGAAUCCAUCCUGGUUCCGCCUCUGUCCGAUUCACCGUCUUCUAUGCAGCAAUUGUCAGACAAGGAAGUGGACAUUGUGUUCAAGUGGCUCGGCUUUCUCAAGAACUACUUUAACGCGUACGAUGCCGAAACCGGUGUCACACACGGUGUACCGCUCGACGUUUUGCAAGGAGCAAAGUACCGUGAGAUGCUGUCGUACCUGCUGCUGCACGAUCAGUCGACGGAUGAACUGAUGAUGGAGUGCGUUCGCGGGAUGCAGGCCAAGAUGCGGCGUGCGGCGACGCAACGAGGCGCCAAGAACAAGUCAGUGCUGCACCAGCGCUCGUUGGGGACGAUCAAGAAGCGCAAGCAGGAAAAGAAGGAGGAGGAUUCAGACGUCGCAGCGAAUGGAUCGUUGGAUAUGGCGAUGAAGCUGCUGCGAAUGCGGCCAGGGACGGGCGACUUUUUGCAGCAGCAGAUGGCGACAAUGCAUACGCUCCAAGUUUCGGCUGUAGGUGCGAGCCCGGCUAGGAGCAGUGCACCAGGUACGCCUGCAAGCACCACUAUCAGCCCGAACGUACGUGUGGCCAAGAGAGAAAGUCAGCUCCCGCCCAUGCCCCAAGCAGGUCUGGCUGGACCAGCGAGCAUCGACGUCAAGCGUCAAGCGUAUCAAUUGAGAGACGAUCCCAUGCCCACCCUGCCAGCUGCAUCCAGAGUGCCAGAUUCGGCAAAUACGUCCUCGAUGUACGCUAGCUACUCUGCCAACCAGCCGGAUACGCCGACCAGGAGGAGCUCGAGGCACCUCGAUGCUCACAACAGCGCCAGCGCGGCCAAGAGCGCUAGAUCGCCAGGUGGCUCCGAAUCCGUGUACGAUCGCAUAUCCAGGCAGUUGUAA